AUGGAGGAUGGAUUUGUGAAGGGGAAACUGGAGCUCUCAGGAGACUGGCAUACCAUAGCCAUCGCCUCCUCCAACGAGAAGAAGAUCGAAGUGGAUGGGCCGCUGCGACUGUACAUGCGUCACCUGGAGUGCAGCAACGGAUGCGAGGAGCUGGCUGUCACCUUCUUUACCCACUUGAACGGGUUCUGUCAGAAGAUCACCACCUUUACCAAGCACAUCGGGAAUGGCACCUACCGGGUCCAUUAUGAGGGUGACAACAAAUUUGAAGUGAUGAAGCACACAGGAAACUGCAUUGCAUUUGGUAGUAUAAACAAGGAUCCUUUUGGCAAGUUCACCAAGCUGGUCUUCUUGGUUGGAAAGACCAGAGAACUGGAUGAAGAACAGAAGAAGAAGCUGGAGCAGGUCGUGGAGGACAAGGGCAUCCCCAAGGAGAACAUCAAAUAUGUCCUCAAUACGGAUACAGGACUGGAAGUUUUCUGGGCACCUUUCCCCCCAUGGUCUGGAAAUCCUGUGUAA